UAAACAUCUAAAUUGUGUUACUUAGAAGUCUAUGUCUAGAUCAACAACUGUGUCCAGUCAAAACAACGAGACUUCAGUACCUGAUGUUUACUUCGACACUCAGUGCAUUAUUGCUUUACCCAUAAGUAAAUUACAAUUAGGUAUUCAUGUAGUAAGUGUAAUAGUCUAUCCAAACGUGACCAACAGUGAAGAUGACCUCAGGUUCGGUACCAAGGAAACUGUACAAUUUAAAAUUCAAAAAGCUUUUAAAGAGACGUCUAUUUGUAUUCCAACUUUAGAAAAUGAUUCAAUUCUAGUGGACUGUGAAAAGUGUGCAGUUUUUCCUGUGAUGUUAUGUCAAGUUAACGCGACUAAGAAUGGAAAAAAGUUCAGUUCUCUUGAUGUGAGACAUCAGCAUGAGUACAUUGAUGCCGAGCACAUAACAUACAACUCUUCGUGUAGAAUACGACUGGCACUGAGUGGUCGACUAAAUGAUUCUUAUGACUUAACAAUUAGAAUGUAUCAAGGAACUACCGAUAGUGCUGCCAAUGUAGUCAAUUUUCAUUUCGUUUUCACUUUUGGAGAGAAUCUGACGUGUGGCCAUUCGUUUCUAAUGAACUCACUAGCACUGACGUGUUCCAUGCAGGACAUAUUCCCCACAGCGUUGUGUCGAUUUGAUACGAUAGAUAAACAUGUAGGCUAUGAUAUCAUAGGACCAAUCAGCUACAGUCACGUACUUUCAAGCCAGCCUAACGUGUCCUACGAGUCCACAUGUACAGUUACGGUCUCAAUUAACCAAGAUUUUGUGGGACAGAUUAGCAUACUGGUCACAAUGUAUCCCGACAUCAUUGAAUGUAGGGGCGAUGACCAAUGCGUGACACAGCUAGAUUUCAUCUACGACAUAGGUUAGUGCAUAUAUAAUAAUUGAGUACAGAUUCUACUUCUAGAUUGUAUGUUAUAUUUAGAUAUAGACAUACAUACAUACAUACACACACACACACACACACACACACACACACACAAAAAGAUAGAGUAUUAAAAGAUCAAGACCAUUAUAAGCUGGUACUAACACUAAGUCCUAUGAAUAUAGAACUAUCGUUAUAGUAAGCCUCAAAAACGACCUGCGAGCCUCUAGCCUACGCAGUCUAACCUCUCGGCCACACAUACUACUAAUAACAUACAUCGUUCUGCAUCUAUCAACCAAAGACACAUGUGGAGGAAACAUUAAUAGAGCACAUAAUAUAGCAAGAAAAUAUUUCAAACAAACAAACGAAAUCUAAUUUAGAACAUUUUUUUUUACAAUAUCUCGUGUACAGAUGUAAUGGCAGACAAGUCUCCAUCGGUGCCCACAAUAAGUAAACUCAUUCUAUUCAUGACUAAAUGACGUGACCGCCAAUUCUUUUGUAUACAUUAUAUUCUUUUCUUAGGCUUAUAUAUUACAGACGUUAUUUAAAAAAAAAGAAGAUAAUCACGUCCCAUUCAUUACAUGUGUCAAUCUAGUCAUGCGUGUUAUUUAAAAAAAAGAAGAUAAUCACGUCCCAUUCAUUACAUGUGUCAAUCUAGUCAUGCGUGUUAAUCAAUGACUUGAAAUGUGCUAAGUCAUUGGUUUUCCUGGCUUAUUUAGGGAGCCCUUUCCAUUCUCUAAUGGCACAAGGGAAGACGGAUCACUUGUACGAAUUGGUUCUAGCGUAUGGAAUAAGAAAUGUGCCUCUAUCUUCGUGUCUUUCUAAGUGUUUUAAUGUUUUUCCCAGAAAGUUUUACACUAUAAUCGCAAGAAAUUUUUAAGCCUGUAUAUGUACAAAGAUAAAACAGGCAAGAAGCCUCUCUCCGCCCAAAGUGACAUAAAAGGAUUUAGAGAGUCUCAAGUUCUGGGACAGCAGAAGGGAAAUGGCGUACUUCAUCCUGCCAGAUAGCUUUAGGAGGCUGCAACCGUGGACCUAAAGCAAUACUGACAAGUGUAUUGUCUAUGCUGCACGGUGUUAGACUAUGUUACAUAAGAAUAAAUAUUAGUCGCGUAAAUUUG